AUGUCCUCCAGCUCCCCGCCGGGCGAGCCCAAGGGCCGCAGCCUGGGCCGGCUGUCGCUGCCCAGGAGAGGCAGCAUGACGCCCGGCAAGAAGCUGGCGGCGCUGGAGCUGGCCGAGAGCGCCCCGAACGCCCACUACGCCCCGCUGGCGGCCGCGCAGGGCGGGCAGGCGCCCGCGGGAUGCGGCCCCGCGCCGGAGCGGGAGCGGGCGCCGCGCCUGCGGAGCGAGGUGCUGGUGGUGAGCGCCGACUGCCCGCGGCCCCCCGUCAGCCUGGACCCCCGCGUCUCCAUCUACAGCCUCCGCAAGCCCCUGCUGAGCCGCAGCAGCGUCCAGGGCAGGGUCUACAACUUCUUGGAGCGGCCCACGGGAUGGAAGUGCUUCGUGUACCACUUCACCGUCUUCCUUAUUGUGCUGAUAUGCCUUAUCUUCAGCGUGCUUUCUACAAUUGAGCAGUAUGCAGCUCUUGCUACAGGGACAUUAUUUUGGAUGGAAAUUGUAUUAGUGGUAUUCUUUGGAACAGAGUAUGUGGUUCGGCUAUGGUCAGCAGGCUGCCGCAGUAAAUACGUUGGAGUAUGGGGAAGGCUUCGUUUUGCUAGGAAGCCUAUUUCAAUCAUUGAUUUAAUUGUAGUUGUUGCUUCCAUGAUAGUUCUUUGUGUGGGCUCUAAAGGUCAAGUCUUUGCAACCUCUGCUAUCAGGGGCAUCCGUUUCCUGCAGAUCUUACGGAUGCUGCACGUUGACCGUCAGGGCGGUACCUGGAGGCUGCUGGGGUCAGUGGUGUUCAUACACAGACAGGAACUGAUAACUACACUCUACAUUGGAUUUCUGGGCCUGAUUUUUUCCUCUUAUUUUGUGUACCUGGCUGAGAAAGAUGCUGUAAAUGAUUCUGGAGAAACGGAGUUUGGCAGCUAUGCAGAUGCCCUGUGGUGGGGAGUAGUGACUGUUACAACUAUUGGCUAUGGAGAUAAAGUGCCACAGACCUGGAUAGGAAAGACAAUUGCAUCUUGUUUUUCAGUGUUUGCAAUCUCAUUUUUUGCACUGCCUGCGGGAAUUCUUGGUUCAGGCUUUGCCCUAAAGGUGCAACAGAAACAAAGACAGAAGCAUUUCAACCGUCAGAUUCCAGCUGCUGCCUCACUCAUACAGACUGCAUGGAGAUGCUACGCUGCAGAAAACCCAGACUCUUCUACAUGGAAAAUUUACAUUCGAAAACCUGCCAGGAAUUAUCAUUUGCUCUCACCCAGUCCAAAACCAAAGAAAUCGGUGAUGGUUAAAAAGAAGAAAUUUAAGUUAGACAAGGACAAUGGGCCUUCUUCUCCAGACAGGAUGUUGGCUAUACCACACAUCACUUAUGACCACGUGGCUGAGGACAGGAAAACUGAUUUCAGUUUUGAACCAUUUGAAAAUUCUGUAAAAAAGAGCCCAGCAUUUCUAGAUGUGAGCACAGGACCCUUCAUCAGGACCAGCAGCUUUGCCGAUGAGCUUGACCUGGAGGGUGAGACCCUGCUGACCCCAAUAACUCACAUCUCACAGCUGCGGGAACACCACCGCGCUGCCAUCAAGGUGAUUCGGAGGAUGCAGUAUUUUGUGGCAAAAAAAAAGUUCCAGCAAGCCAGAAAGCCCUACGAUGUCCGAGAUGUUAUUGAGCAGUACUCUCAGGGCCACCUCAACCUGAUGGUGCGAAUCAAGGAGCUGCAGAGGAGGUUGGACCAGUCCAUAGGAAAGCCAUCUCUUUUUAUCUCCGUCUCAGAGAAAAGCAAAGAUCGAGGAAAUAACACGGUUGGUGCCAGGCUGAACAGAGUGGAGGACAAGGUCACACAAAUGGACCAGAAGCUGAACCUCAUCACAGACAUGCUGCAUCAUCUGGUUUCCCGUCAGCAGGGGGAUCAGGGCAACAACAGGUCAUCUCAGAGAGGCAACAGCAGCGUCAGUGCCGAGCUUUUCCUCCCUAACAACACCCUGCCCACCUACGAGCAGCUGACAGUACCGGCAGGGAACGAGGAUGACAUCUCCUGACGUGGUGCAAGGCUGGGUUGGGUUGUUCCUACUUUUCUCCUCUGAACGGGACUGAGUGUUGAGAACCAGGGAGAAAUUAAGUUCAUCAGCCAACCAAGAAAUCGUGCAACUGCUGUAUCCACACCACUAGUCUCAAACAUGCUGAAGUUACCCACAGUAGCCAAAGGAUUGCCGGGCUGUCUUCCACCAGGCAAAAAAACUUCUGGAAGCUCCACGAUGAUUUUGCUCCUGAACAAAUGAUCACAACUUAUUUCUCAAAAAGACCAAAAUGAUGUAAAGACGGGCAAAAUGGCAAGAUUUAGA